AUGGGGUCACUAUUGUCUUUAUCUGUUGUUGCUGAAGAAAACCAAGAUUUUGAUCCGAUAAGCAAAUCAAAUUAUCAUAAAUUGAUUUCUUUAGCCAACCAACCGCGCUUCUCUUCAAAUGAAACAACCGCAGUUGUUGCUAGUACUGCUGCUGCUUCUAAUGCUGACGGCAUAUGCCAGUCAAUAGUGGUGCCACGUGGCUACCCUUGCGAAGAACAUAAAGUGAGAACAAAAGAUGGUUUUGUGCUAAGCUUACAAAGAAUACCACUAGGACGCGCGGGUGGCAAGAGGGGCAGUCGGGUCCCUGUUCUUUUGCAACAUGGUCUCCUAAUGGACGGUAUAACAUGGUUGUUGAGCCCACCAGACGAGUCAUUGGCUUUAGUGUUGGCUGAUAACGGGUUCGAUGUGUGGAUCGUUAGUUCACGAGGAACCAAAUAUAGUCGCGGUCAUGCAUAUCUCAAGCCUGAAGAUGAGGCAUAUUGGGAUUGGACAUGGGAUGAGUUAGCAGCAUAUGAUCUUCCAGCUACAUUUCAAUAUGUUCACAGUCAAACGGGCCAGAAACUGCAUUAUGUUGGCCACUCGUUGGGAACUUUGAUCGCUAUGGCUGCAUUUUCGAAAGGGGAACUUGUUAGUAUGCUAAGGUCUGCGGGUUUGCUUAGUCCCGUUGCUUAUGUGGGCGAGAUCACAUCCCCGUUAGGCAGAAACGCUGCUGAAAACUUCAUUGCUGAAACUUUGAAGUGGUUGGGCCUUCACGAGUUUAAUCCAAAAGGGGAUGCCGUGACCAAGUUUCUCAAGAAAAUCUGUGCGCAACGAGGCGUUGACUGUACCAACUUGUUGAAUUCAUUCACAGGCAAAAACUGUUGCUUGAAGCCUUCGAUAGUUGAUGUUUUUCUAGACCACGAGCCUCAACCGAGCUCAACAAAAAACAUGAUUCAUAUAGCUCAAAUGAUAAGAGAUGGAACGAUCCGAAUGUAUGACUAUAACGAUGCGGGCCAAAACAGAAAGCGCUACGGGCAGCCCACACCGCCAGCUUACAACAUAGAAAACAUACCAAAGAACGUUCCACUUUUCCUCAGCCAUGGCGAUGCAGAUUCCCUUUCAGAUGUCAAUGAUGUGAAUCAUUUGUUAAGAACACUUAAACAUCAUGAUCAAGACAAGAUUGUGGUUCAAUUCGUAAAAGGUUAUGCUCAUGCUGAUUUUGUUAUGGGCACAAAUGCUAGACAGGUUGUGUAUGAACCUCUUAUGGCCUUCUUCAAGCGUCAUUGAGAAUGCAUUGACACUAAAUGAUUUAAUUAGUGUAUGAACCUCUUGUUCAUGUUUGUGUGUUUUGAGUUUAUUUGUUGUUAAUAU